AUGGCCGCCGGCGAGCCGCGGAGCUCGGGUUGCAGCGGGCGCUGCCCGUCGGCGGGGCGGCAGCUCUGCACCCCGCGGGGCGGCGGUGGGGCGGUGGCGGAGCGGGGGGGGCUGGGCUCCCGGGUCGCUCUGCCACCGCCGCGGGAGACCUGGCGCCGCCGGAAACUUUCCUCGGCGCUGUACGCCGGCUGCCUCUCCGUGCUGCUAGCCCUGGUGGUGAGGGUGGUGCGAGGGGAGCGCGGCCGGGAGCUGGCGGCUGAGGGCUGCGCGGGGCCACGGGGCUGGGGCUGGCUGCCCCCCAGCGCCGUGCCCCUGGGCCUGGCCGGCGCCUUCUUCUGCACGGGCCGCUACCUGCUGCGCGGCGGCGUGCGGCCGCGGACGGCGGCGCUGCUGCUGGCCGCCUGCUGCGGGGGGGAAGCGGUGGCGCAGACGGCGCUGGCGGCGGGGGAGGAUCACUUGCUCUCCCUCGCCGCCACGGGGGUGGUGCUGAGCUGCCUGGCCGCCGUGACAUGGCUGGUGCUGAAGCUGAGGCAGGGCGUCCUCAUGCUCGCUGUGACUAGCGCGGCCAGGACCACGUCCCUUGUCGCCUUGGAGAGGGUCCCGGUGUCCUGGCGGCCCUACCUGGCCUACCUGCUGGGACUGCUAGGCAUCCUCCUUGCCGGCUACGGUGACCGGCUGUGGCCCCCGCGGUGGGCCGCCCCGCUGGCGGAGCCUCCCGCCGCGCCCCCGGCUGCGGACGAAGCCCCGGUGCUAAGGCGGCGGCGGCGGUCUAGCUCCAUGAUCUCUCCAGAGAUGUCGGGUGGCAGCAGCAAGACCCACCGGCGGACCUCACUUCCCUGCAUCCCACGGGAGCAGCUCAUGGGGCAUUCUGAAUGGGAUCACAAACGAGGACCCAGAGGCUCCCAGUCUUCUGGUACCAGUAUCACUGUGGAUAUCGCUGUCAUGGGAGAAGCACAUGGGCUCAUUACAGACCUUCUGGCUGAUCCUUCCCUGCCCCCCAACGUAUGCACUUCACUGAGAACAGUGAGCAACCUGCUUAACACGCAGUUAACCUUCCAGGCCAUCCACAAGCCAAGGGUGAACCCUUUGGUGUCCUUCAGUGAGAACUACACCUGCUCUGACUCAGAGGAAUGUCCGGAGAAAGGAGAGAAACUAGCUAUACCCAAGCGCUUACGGAGAAGUUUGCCUCCAGGACUGCUGAGACGAGUGUCCUCUACUUGGACCACAACAACAUCAGCCACAGGAUUGCCUACACUGGAGCCAGCUCCGGUGAGAAGGGAUCGCAGUGCCAGCAUCAAACCUCAUGAAUCAUCAUCAUCCAGCACUGACUCCUGGAACAGCUCAGUUCUGAUGACAAUCACAAAGAGCAGGUCCUUCUCCACCUCCUACACCAUGCCUUCCACCAACCACCUGAAUGCCAAAAGGCAGAGCCGGCAAGGUGUCCCACCAAAUAUUUCACCUCUCACCUCCCCGUGCCAUUCACCAAUUCAGGGGACACCUGCCACAAGUCCUACUGGAAAAAUAUCUUCUGUGUCAUUUCCAGAUUCUACCGAUAUUGACACCAAGAAAAGCUUAAAGCCACACAAAGUCUUAACUUCUACUCAGAGUGCACCUAGCUUGUCAGACCCUGUUAUCAGCCCCUCUGUCAUCUGCAGCAGCUGUGGCAGACCUUAUAACCAAAUAGAAGCUGGUGAUGGGACACUAGAUAGAAAUGAUGGUACCACACACACCCUGAACAGAACAGAUGAUCCUGCACAAGCCACUUCUGACUACGAGACCAACAACAGUGACAGCAGCGACAUUGUACAAAACGAUGACGAGACAGAUUGCUCCAAAGGGCAGACACGGAAGGGAUCCGUCUGCAGGACAUACCCUCCUGAGACCAUCAUUCUCCAUCCCUUGAUACCACCUGAGGACAAACCUAUACUUGCUCCUGAACCUCUGGUUAUGGACAACUUGGAUCCUCUGAUGGAGCAGCUAAAUAGUUGGAACUUCCCAAUCUUUGAUUUGGUGGAAAAAAUUGGAAAGAAAUGUGGUCGUAUUCUCAGUCAGGUAUCAUACAGGCUUUUUGAAGACAUGGGACUGUUUGAAACCUUUAAAAUACCAGUGAGGGAAUUUAUGAACUACUUUCAUGCCUUGGAAUGUGGAUACCGAGAGAUUCCUUAUCACAACCGAAUCCAUGCAACUGAUGUUCUGCAUGCUGUUUGGUACCUUACUACUCAGCCCAUUCCAGGACUCCCAACUGUGAUUAGUGAUCAUGGGUCAGCAAGCGACUCAGAUUCUGACAGUGGAAUCACUCAUGGCCAUAUGGGUUAUGUAUUUUCAAAGACAUACACACCUACAGAUGACAGCUAUGGAUGCCUGGCUGGCAACAUCCCUGCUCUUGAAUUGAUGGCUCUUUAUGUAGCUGCAGCCAUGCAUGAUUAUGAUCAUCCAGGAAGGACCAAUGCCUUUUUGGUAGCAACGAGUGCUCCUCAGGCAGUGCUGUACAACGACCGCUCUGUCCUGGAGAACCACCACGCUGCUGCUGCCUGGAACCUCUUCAUGUCAAGGCCAGAGUACAACUUCCUGGUCAACCUUGACCACGUGGAGUUCAAGCAUUUCCGCUUCCUCGUCAUUGAGGCAAUUUUGGCUACUGACCUGAAGAAACACUUUGAUUUUGUUGCCAAAUUCAAUGCCAAGGUGAAUGAUGAUGUUGGAAUUGACUGGACUAAUGAGAACGACCGCUUGCUGGUUUGCCAAAUGUGCAUAAAACUGGCUGACAUAAAUGGGCCUGCAAAAUGCAAAGAUUUGCAUCUGCAGUGGACAGAAGGCAUUGUCAAUGAGUUUUAUGAACAGGGUGAUGAAGAGGCUAGCCUGGGCUUGCCAAUCAGUCCUUUCAUGGAUCGCUCUGCUCCUCAGCUGGCACACCUCCAGGAAUCUUUCAUCACUCACAUUGUGGGACCACUAUGUAACUCCUAUGACUCAGCUGGGCUAAUGCCAGGGAAAUGGAUAGAAGAUAGUGAUGAGUCAGGAGACACUGAUGAACACGAAGAGGAAGAAACAGCAGAAAUAGAAACUUGUGAAAAUGCUGAAUCCAAAAAGAAGAAGUUCAAGAGGAGAAAAAUCUACUGUCAGAUCACUCAGCACCUGCUUCAGAACCAUAAAAUGUGGAAGAAAGUAAUUGAAGAUGAGGAGAGGUUAGCUGGGACAGAGAAGCAAGGCACGGAGCAAUCCACGCUGUACCAAUCUUCAGAACAAAUCCAGGCCAUCAGGGAAGAGGAGGAGGAGAAAGGGAAGCCCAAGAAGGAUAAAGAGGAGAACACAACUGUAGAACCAAACCAAUGA